CAAUGUUAUAUUCGGCAUCUUCAUCCCCGCUAGUCGACCUCACAGUACCCCGUGUGUAGACCUACCUCAACAUUACCCUAGUUAUAGCAGGGGGCUACAACAAGUGAGAUUUAAAUCUUCCUGUUACACCUGCUCACCUCUCAACUAUAAAAUUACCUUCUGACGAAUCAAGACAAGCUGUAACGGAGAUGCUGCCGGCAGUUCGGAUGCAGGCUAUUGGACUGGCAUUGAAUGCAGUUGUCCUGAUGACCUGCCUUGUCCAAACUCGUGGAGCAGUUACCUGCAACUCGAGGCAGUUCCAGUGUGGAAAUAGGAAGUGCAUCACGCAGAAAUGGGUGUGUGAUGGGAUGGACGACUGUGGCGAUGGCACUGACGAGCUUCCUGAAACCUGCCGAGCCAGAACCUGCUCGUCGGCGGAGUUCAGCUGCGGGGGGCCGCUGAACCGGUGCGUGCCAGACGCGUGGCGCUGUGACGGGAAGCCUGACUGCGAGAACGGGUCUGACGAGGCCCAAUGUGUGCCCCGGAGCUGCACGGACGAUGAGUUCCGCUGCGGCAGCGGGCAGUGCGUGUCGGUGUCCUUCGUGUGCGACGACGAGGCCGACUGCGACGACGGCACCGACGAGGCGUCCUGCCGGCCCGCCACCUGCAGCAGCUCCUCCUUCCGCUGCAACUCCUCCAAGUGCGUGCCGAGCCUCUGGGCCUGCGACGGGGACGCCGACUGCCUCGACGGCUCGGACGAGUGGCCCCAGAACUGCGGCACGCCCGCCCCGCGAGGCGCCUGCCCCGGCCACGAGUUCCGCUGCGCCAGCGGAGAGUGCGUGCACAGCAGCUGGAGGUGCGACGGGGCCCCGGACUGCGUGGACCAAUCGGACGAGGCCAACUGCAGUCGCUCCUCCUGCCAGCCGGACCAGUUCCCGUGUAACAACGGCGCCUGUAUCCCUGGCAUCCGGCAGUGUGACGGCGAGUACGACUGUAGGGACCAGAGUGACGAGCUGGGCUGCGAUAACGUGAGCAAAUGCGAGGGACCGGACAGGUUUAAGUGCCGUAACGGGGAGUGCAUCAGCGCAGACAAGGUGUGCGACCGAGUGCGCGACUGCAGGGACUGGUCUGACGAGCCGCUCAAGGAGUGCGGUACUGACGAGUGCCUGCGCAACAAUGGCGGCUGCUCCCACGUCUGCAAGGACCUGAAGAUCGGGUUCCAGUGCCUCUGCCCCGCCGGCUUCCGACUGGUGGACGACAAGCGCUGUGAAGACAUAAAUGAGUGUCUCAGCCCAGACACCUGCAGCCAGAUCUGUGUCAACCACCCGGGCGGGUACAAGUGCGAGUGUGAGGAGGGCUACCAGCUGGACCCGGCAACCAGCGACUGCAAAGCUAUCGGCUCGGUGGCCUACCUGUUCUUCAGCAAUCGGCACGAGGUGAGGAAGAUGACGCUGGAUAGUCGGGAGUACACGCAAUUCAUCCCUCAGCUGAAGAACGUGGUGGCGCUGGACAUGGACAUCCCAACGCGCAAAAUCUUCUGGUCUGACCUGUCCCAGAAGAAGAUCUACAGCACCCAUAUGGACCUGGCUCGUAACUCCUCCCACCACAACACUGUGAUUGGCAAAGACAUCGAGGCGCCCGAAGGGAUCGCCAUCGACUGGAUCCACGGCAACCUGUACUGGACUGACAGCAUGCACGCCACCAUCUCCGUGGCGACCGUGGAUGGGUCCCGCCGCGUGACGCUCAUCCAGCAGAACCUGGUCAAGCCACGGGCCAUUGUGGUCGACCCCUCCCACAACUUCAUGUUCUGGACAGACUGGGGCACCCCAGCCAAAAUCGAGAAGAGCGGGCUGAACGGAGCCAACCGCAUCACCCUGGUGUCGGACAACAUCGAGUGGCCCAACGGCAUCACCCUUGACAUGUUGAGCCAGAGGCUGUACUGGGUGGACUCCAAGCUCCACACCCUCUCCAGUAUCGACGUGCAGGGCGGUCAGCGUCACACACUGAUCUUGGAUCAGCAGAAGCUGGCACACCCGCUCUCUCUCACCGUCUUCGAGGAGAGAGUGUUCUGGACCGACAUGGGCAACAACGCCAUCCUCAGCGCCAACCGUAUGACGGGAGGUAACAUCACCGCCGUGGUGGAGCACCUGGCGUCCCCUGAGGACAUUGUCCUGUACCACAACCUGAAGCAGCCCGCAGGUGUGAACUGGUGCACGGCGAGCAAAAUCCCCAACGGAGGGUGUGAGUUCCUCUGCCUGCCUGCUCCUCAGAUCAACGAGCACUCCGCAAAAUACACCUGUGCCUGCCCCGACCACCAGACCCUGGGCCCUGACAUGAGGAAGUGCGUGCCAGCAGCUGGUAGUGUGCCAAACCCGCCUGUCAUUGCCGAAGCUGCCACACCACCGGCAAGCGUGCCCCAACGCCCCACUCACCCCUCUACCACCAUACCUGCAAAUCCGCACUGGGCAAAGUUCCCUCAGUCCACCACGUCCCAGGCCACUGGCAGUCAAGGGAACCCCAAUGGAUUAGCUGCCAUACCCAAUGAGAACAAGAGCUCUUCCACUGCCCUGUACAUAGUGCUUCCCAUUGCGGCCCUGUGUCUGGUGGCUGUCGGCGCUGUCAUGCUGUGGAGGAACUGGAAGCUGAAGAACACCAUCAGCAUCAACUUCAUCAACCCCGUCUACCAGAAAACCACAGAGGACGAGGUGCACAUAUGCAGGAACCAGGAUGGAUACUCUUACCCAUCGCGGCAAAAGGUGAGUCUGGAUGAAGACAUGGCGUGACGUAUCAUUCCCUGCGGGAGAGACAAAAUCUGGCACAGGGAAUCCGAAGAGGAGAGAUGAAGGUCGUGUUCACAUGCUGCUCUGAGAUCUUUUAGUUAGAACCUCUGCAAAAACAAGGAUUUUUCUACCGCGGCCCCAGAAGCCAAAGAAGAGAAAAAGACUCCGGAAGUAAUGUAGAAACAGAUAAAAACACUAUCCGUUCCGGUUGCCUGCAGCUCCAACGGUUGCAAGCAAGAAGUGAGAAUAUCGCAACCAAAGAAGCAAAAACAAUACAGACCACAUCUUUCACUUCUUCUUUUUUUUUUUUUACUCAGAACUUUUUAAGAAUGAAGCAGGGUGUUCCCAAGCCUGAAUUGCCAACCGUUGAAAUGCCUUGAAAGCACAGUGGGUUUCAACAAACCUGGAGACAUGUCUUCAGCUGCACCUCUUGAAAUUAUGAAGGUCUUUUUUUUUUUUGUUCGAUUUUUCUUUUUCUUUUCGUGUUAUUGUAAAUAUUGAUUCUGUCCAUUGUAUUUUUUCAGCGGGUGGGGGUAUGGCCUAUAUCUAAAUACAUCAUGUCUUGCAUUAGCUUGAGAUUCAUUUGAAGGGUUUUAUUAUUAUUUAAAACCAACAGAAACAAAUGUAAUAUUAUUUAGAUCCAAGAGUUGUUUUUGUGCAAUAUGGGGACACAAAGUUACAAUGAUCUCUGCUCCAAAUGAACCUGUUUACAAAUGGAGGGCUAGCCGAAUGAAGCACAUAAUCAAUGUGGUUGAGUGCAGAGCGAAGUGGUGAACAUUCUAACAUUCUGACCUCUAGAAUUUAAUCUCUGUACCAAGAUUGGCAUUGCUUUACUUUUGUGUGUGUUUUCCAAAAAGGUUUUCACCUGCUGCGGUGUAACUCUAGACCUUUCGAGCGAUCCUCGUUUGCCUUGUGAUGCCAUCUCGUAGUUGGCUUGAUAAUUCGGGCAGUGUUUCACAUCGGCAGAAGCAGAGGCAGAGAUGCACCAAGGCCAAAGCUCCUUUUGGAAUUACUUGAUUAUCUAUGUCUGUCCCAAAGAAUAUCGGUGGCGAACAGGGUAUGCGCGUGGGUGUUGGAGGGUUUGCUCGGCUGAGUUGUUUUUCCUCGUCCUUUCGCGCUUGUCACGUGCUAACCUGGAGGCAGCUUUGAGUUCCUUGUAUGCGUUUCUGAAUUUCCGUGUUCCUAUAAACCAGUGUUGGAUCACAUGCUGUCCCAUCCAAAAUGUUCUCGCUUUUAUAGUUUGCAAAAGUGUCUAAACUCAACAUUUUCUGCUUGACAAGAACCUGUAAGCCUUAAAGGUGUGUAAUGUGGCCAAAGGCUGUUUCCAAGACUCAGAAUCAUGAUCACUGACACCAGUUAAAGAUGUGCUGUGGGGCGUAAGAUGCUGCUGUCAUUUCUAAGGAUGAUAUGUCCUGUAGACCAAUCAAGACUAUUGUCACGUGCCUGCAUUAAACCGCAUUAGUGCGUAAAAAAAAUGUAGUUUAAAAAAAAAAAAAACAGUUUACCUGUGACCCCUAUUGUAUAUGCCAAAGAACUGGCACAAUGCUUUGAGGGCCUACGUUUUGCAAAUGGUUCCCACGCCUGACCAUUAGUUGUUGUUUUUUUUUUCCAUCUUCAUGACUGGUAUCUGUUGGUCAACAAGAAUGAAAGCCAAAAUGACUGGCACAUUUAAAAUUCACCAGUAAAACUGCUUGGCCAAACUAAACAGUUCAGGUUUUAGUAUCCUGCAAUAAAACUUUUUUUUUUAAAGAUUAUUUUUAUUGUGAGAAUGUACAAUGUUUGACUGUAGCUGGGUAACAUGUGAAAUGAUGAGGAAAGAUAUUUUUUCAGGCAAGGUGUUGAGUUUACAGGUCAGGUGUAUGAUAUGGAUCUUGUGAAUUGUCUCUGUGUACUACAGUGGUGGUAGGACGAUGUGUUUCUAGUCAUAGUAACCAUUUAUUGUAAGCUGCAGGAGUGAAUUUGGUGACUUGUCUGGAAAGUACCUAGCAGAUGAAACCACUGUGUCUUUAUUAAUGCAAAUCAAGGAGGGGGAUUUACCUGAUAUAAGCCAUUUAAAACUGAAUCUGAAUGACAUGCCCUGAAUAUGAAUGUGUAAAUAUUUUGUUUAUAUGUAAAUAGCUUUCUUUGCACAUCUCUAGUCUUGUACUGUUGAGUCUGUACAUUUUUCUUUAAAAUAUCAAACAUUGUAUAUAAACAAAUGCUUUUUAUUUAUUUCAAAAUCUACAUCGCAUUAUUUGCUUCAUUCUAUUUUAGACUGCUUGACUAUUUUGUGAGAUUAAACCCUUAAAUCUGCCAUUUGUAUAUGUCAGUAUAAUUUUUAUUCUUGUGAUUCUACAAAUAUUGAUAAUGUUGCCAAGCUGUAAUACACCACAAUUCAUUCUCUUUUCAUCUUUUAAUGAAGGUAAUUCCGGUGUCCUGAAGAAUUGAUUGAAUGAUUUUCAAUGAAUGUAGUUAUUGGCUGUUGAUAAUAAUGCCUUAAAAAUGGGGCCGUAGUCUUGACAGUAAGAGCUAAUUUAUUGUUCUAAGUAUGUGUGUGCAGGUGACAGGCCUACCACCUACCUAAAUACCCUUUUUCAUGUUACUGUUUUCACACACAGUAUGCUUGCAGUACUGUAGAUUGCAUGGCGCUAGAGAUUGUGCAAGCCAGGAAGUUGACACUUACAGCCUACUGUAAGCUCAGGCCAGUAGCCGGCUUGCUGUCCUGUCAAUCUGUCACUUGAAAGAAAAAGGCUUUAAGAAAAAUACAUGUUGAAGGUUGAAAAGCACAUCCAGUAGGCUAUGCAAUCAUGUGGAUUGCCCCAUUGUGAAGAACAUUCCAUCAGGAAAAACUAAGUGGCCUUUGUUAGCUUCAUAUCUUUUGGUACCAGUUUGCACCAGUUGCCUUGCUUGCUGUUUGCAGUCCACUUUGUACUUAAUAUUGAGUAUGUAUUUUUACUGUUUUUUUUUGCAUAUACAAUGUAAACAUACAUGCUUGAUCUCUGGGUAAUGGCUCCUAUUAUAGGUAAAAGCAGAACUGACAGGUUUCUGAAGUAUAUUGUAAUGUAUUUAUUUAUCGAAUCCUACAAUUCACAUUGUAAAUAUGGUAAAUCGCACAGCUGUUUUAUACUUGCAAACUAAGUUGAUUUAUUGUAUUUUAAAAUAUGAGCUCAGACCACUAAA